AUGAGUGGUGGAUGUAACCUCAAUGAGAAAGUCAAGAAAGAAGAGUUGAAGAGAUCUCUUUAUGCCUUGUUCUCACAGUAUGGGAGAAUUGUGGACAUUGUUGCACUGAAAACUGCCAAGCUUCAAGGACAGGCAUGGAUUGUAUUCAGUGAAGCGACAGCUGCAAGCAAUACAGUGCGACAAAUGCAAAACUUCCCAUUUUAUGAUAAACCAAUGCGAAUACAAUAUUCCAAAUCAAAAUCAGAGUGCAUUGCUAAAGCAGAGGGCACCUACGACAAGAAAAAGAAGCAAGAGGAAAAAGCUGAAAGAAAGACACGUGUUAGAGAGGGUCUGCAAACUGCCACUGGUAAUGGUCCUAGCGCUGACACCAAUGGAGGCCCACCAGCUUUGUCUUGGCAAGCAAAGUCGGGUGCACAAGAAGCAGCUGCGGAGCCGAACAGCAUACUCUUUAUACAAAAUUUACCAUACGGGACACCUUUUUUGAUGUUAGAAGUUCUUUUCAAACAAUACCCUGGCUUUAGAGAAGUUCGAAUGAUUGAAGCAAAGCCAGGUAUCGCCUUUGUAGAGUUUGAUGAUGAUUUGCAGUCGUCAGUAGCCAUGCAGGCACUUCAAGGCUUCAAAAUCACUCCGCAAAAUCCCAUGGCCAUCACCUACGUGAAAAAGUGAGCAAUAUACUUUGUUGACCUAGUGCCAUGUUUCUGUUCUGCUUAUCAUGACAAGUAACUGUAUCCGUUGAGAGAGAUGUAUUGAGUAGACUUAUGGUAGUAGAAGCCGAUCCUUGUCUAGUCUCAUACGUACUUUUGAUAAACAUGUACGUCAUAGAACCUGCUUUAUUGCAUAUGCGGGGAAGUAGACCGAGCUGUACAUUUACUAUAAGCAGAUUGAAUCUGCUUCCUUUUGUUGUUCCUAGUGAGUAUUCACUUUCUACAAGCACGUUU